UCACGUGCCCUCUCCCUCUCCUAUCCUAUUUUCUCAAACCAAAACAAAAUUACACUUAAAACAUUUUCAUGCACAACAACAACAACACAUCAACAACUUUUUCACCUUUCUCUCUCUCUCUCUCUUUAAUACUCUAGACCUUCUCUUCACAAAAACGUCGUCGUUAUGGAUACUACAUUUACACCACCGUCACCACACCGUUCAUCUCCGUUACAAAACAUAAGCCCUAGCAUUCUCAUCAUUAUAACAAUCCUCGCCGUCACCGUCAUCGUUUCUCUUCUAAUCUGCUUCCUCCUCCGCCACCUCAACUGUCACCGUCUCCGCCGUAAUCCAUCUCCAACAACCACCGAACCUCCUCCUCACACUCACAGCCGUCGUAUCUCUCCAGAAACAACACCUCCCUCCGUCAUCGACUCACUCCCUCUCUUCACAUUCUCAUCCAUCUCCCGUCGUUCCUCCGCCGUCACCGCCGCUGACUGCGCUGUCUGUUUAUCAAAGUUCCGUAACUCCGACCUCCUCCGUUCUCUUCCUCUCUGUUGCCACGCUUUCCAUGCUGAAUGCAUUGACACAUGGCUCCGUUCAAAUCUUUCAUGUCCGUUAUGUCGCGCCAGCAUUCUCCCUUCCGAUUCUGAUCUCGCAAAAAUUCUCCGAUCAACUUCUUCAGACAGUUUCCGAGUUGAUAUCGGAAAUAUAAGCCGCCGUGGAAACAAUCUUCCCAAUCCCGACGCCGUUACUACCGGUGGCGAUUCAAGGUCUUAUUCGAUUGGAUCGUUUGAGUAUUAUGUAGUUGAGCCUUCGGAGGUUUCGUUUACGCAAGAUCACCGGAGAAGUGUUUCCGAUCAGAAAGACAUUCACAUUCCGGUAUCGGAGGAUUCAUCUAUGACACAUGAAAAUACUAUCGCUGGUGAAGUUGCUGGAAGUGGACAUUGGUUGAAGGAUUACGUGGACAGACUAUCGGCUUCGAUUUCAUCGCGAACGGCGUCGUUUCGGAGUUCUGGAAGAUUCUUCGCCGGAGGUGGAAGUAGUCGCAGAAUUGAACCGGUUGAUUAUGACGUUGAAGGUAACAGAAUUGGUGAAGAGAUUAGUGAAAUGUUUCGGUGGCUUUCAGGGGUAUGAUUGGUAAAGUACAUUAACAUUUAGGUUUAUAAAUUUCGAUAUAAUUUUUUUAUUUUUAAUCUUUGUAAACAUUUGCUACUAUGUUAUUUGGCUUCACUUUUGAUUUUCCUUUGAGGCUUUAGAACAAAAUUAAUGCAAAUGAGUAGAGGUAUGGUGAUUUUGGGAUUUAGAUCAUGAAUAUUUUUAGGAAUGUUAAUUAGAUGAAAAGAUACAAGGAAUUAUAAUAUUGGAUCUUGUAAAAAGACGCACCAA